AUGAACGCGGAGAACCAGGGCUGCAGCGAGCGGCUGGUGACGGCGGCCUAUGUGCGCCAGGGGGCGCAGGGCCGCCGCGCGCACGAGCUGCGCCUGCGGGCGCUGCUGGAGCAGGGGAAAUGUCCUGAAGAUGGAUGGGAUGAAAGCACCAUUGAAUUGUUUCUUCAUGAACUUGCUAUAAUGGAUAGCAAUAACUUCCUGGGCAACUGUGGCGUUGGUGAGAGGGAAGGAAGAGUGGCAUCAGGUCUUGUUGCCCGAAGGCAUUACAGGUUGAUUCAUGGAAUUGGAAGGUCAGGUGAUAUUUCUGCAGUACAGCCCAAAGCUGCAGGUUCAAGCCUUUUGAACAAGCUUACUAAUUCAGUAGUUCUGGAUGUUAUAAAACUGGCUGGUGUCCGGACAGUGGCCAGUUGCUUUGUGGUUCCUAUGGCAACAGGCAUGAGUCUGACUCUGUGUUUUUUAACAUUGAGGCACAAGAGACCAAAGGCAAAGUACAUUAUCUGGCCACGUAUAGACCAGAAAUCUUGCUUUAAAUCAAUGAUAACUGCAGGGUUUGAGCCUGUGGUGAUAGAAAAUGUAUUAGAAGGUGAUGAGCUACGGACAGACCUUGAGGCAGUGGAGGCCAAAAUCAAGGCUCUUGGUGCUGAAAAUAUCCUUUGUGUGCAUUCUACAACAUCUUGCUUUGCUCCAAGGGUACCUGACAGGCUGGAGGAGCUGUCUGUAAUUUGUGCUAAUUAUGACAUUCCACAUAUUGUCAACAAUGCAUAUGGAGUUCAGUCUUCAAAAUGUAUGCAUCUCAUCCAGCAGGGUGCUCGAGUUGGCAGAAUAGAUGCUUUUGUUCAGAGCUUGGACAAAAAUUUUAUGGUUCCAGUAGGUGGUGCUAUCAUUGCUGGCUUCAACGAGUCCUUCAUUCAGGAGAUCAGCAAAAUGUAUCCAGGAAGAGCAUCUGCAUCUCCUUCUUUAGAUGUCCUCAUUACACUUCUGUCUCUGGGAACCAGUGGCUACAAAAAGUUACUGAAAGAAAGAAAGGAGAUGUUUUCGUAUCUUUCAAGUGAGCUGAAGAAGCUGGCAGAUAACCACAAUGAGAGACUGUUAGACACACCACAUAAUCCCAUUUCCUUAGCCAUGUCACUGAAGACUCUAGAUGAAACUAAUGAUGCUGCUGUUACCCAGCUUGGAUCUAUGCUUUUCACAAGACAAGUUUCUGGAGCAAGGGUUGUUCCCUGUGGGUCUGUACAAACUGUGAAUAACUACACUUUUAAAGGCUUUAUGUCACAUACAAAUGACUAUCCUUGUGCUUACCUCAAUGCUGCCUCAGCAAUUGGAAUUAAAAAGCAAGAUGUAGAUGUAUUCUUGAAAAGACUUGACAAGUGUUUGAAGACUUUUAGAAAAGAAGCAAAGCAAGAAAACUGUAAAAAUGAAAUUAGUGAUGCUAAUGCAGCCACAGACCAACUUGAAGACUAGAAGAUACAGAUUUAGUAGCACAGGAAAAUAAGGUUUUGUCUGAAGUAUGUCAGGUUUGUAUUGGGUUAGGACUAUGCAUCUGCACUGCAGAAAUUUAUUCUUGAUCUUAUGUUCUUUUUAUUGAAAACAGUAAUAAAAAUUUGGAUGGAAUUCAGCUUUAAGAAAGUAGUUGAUACUCUCUCCAAGAACAAGGGACCAGACACGAGUUUUUUGCAGUGUAUGAAAAAUGCACUUGGUAUCUGCCUAAGUAAAGCUUUAUGUUCAAAGAUUUACAGUUUGCCUUUCAGUCUGUGUGUGGCUGUUUGGACAGUGUUUACCAAAUCACAGUAUGUUUAUUCACAUGCUUUUGUUUUACAGUAUUGUCUGUGGCAGUGACUGAAUUCCCUGCUAGAUAUAGACCACCCAAGCAACAUUUCUCUGCUCUCAAAAUACUUUGUUUUUCAUUAAUGAAUGUGUCACUUUUAAUAUCUUUUCAAUGAUUUAUGCAAAUGUUGGCAUAGCACUUACUAAAUACAGUGUUCAGACUGUGUGGGUAAAUGACAGAGUUGGAAUAGUAAUGUUUUUCAGGUGUUCUCACCUGUCAUGAACUACCUAGAACUAGUCAGCCUCCAGUGGCAAAGAGGAACCAGGAGUACCUCAUAUCCUGUCAGUACUCAGCUCUUGAAAACAUUUGCAGCGUAGUUCAGCAGCCUAAAGGAGCCUUAAUACUGAAUGUCAGGGGUUGUGAAGAGGUACAGUCACUGGGGGAGGUUUGGCUUUGGGUGUUUUGUUUUUGUUCUUCUGAUUUGAUAGGGUGAUCAGAUCAAAAACUCACUGGAAAGGAGGAAUACCAUGAGGAGUAAUGCAGUUUUAAGAACCAAUGAGACCUGAGAGUAUUUUGGCAUUUUUAGUCCACUGUUGUUGCAAUAGAUAUACUUCCAUUUUUGUAGUGUCUCUUGCCAUUGGCACUGUUGCUUCUGUGGAUCUGUGCAGUUGCUGAUUUGAAUUCAUUAAGCAAACAAUAGAUUCAGAGUCUGUUCCUCAGACAAAGGUUCCAUAUCACUGGAGUGACAGUGCUGCAGGCUGCAAAAUGUGUAGUUAUUCUUAAGUAAUGUGGUUACUACAUUGUACAUAGCUUCUAUGUCAUUUACUGUUCAAAGUAAGCAUAAUGUUCAAAGACAUUUUCUUUGUUUGUCUGUAAUGUAGUGUUGUUCAGGAUACCACCAUUAAUGAGUUCUAAGUGUCAGGAAAUGUUUUAGUUACUUUGUUGAGUGGGAUCUGAGACAUGUAUCCUUCAGAGCCCUCUGUAAAUCACUUCAUCAAAACAGUGAUGCUUUUGAGAGAUUGUCUGUCCAGCACAUUCAAAUGAAUUCAUGCAAGAGGUGAUGCUAGUAUGUGGGAGUUAAUAAUGUACUGAUCAUCAUGAAGGUGCUCUCACUUAAUGAGGUCCCUUGUAUCUUCAGCUUAAGUUGAACUGCACUUCCACAUUGUUAUUGCUGGAGUUACACGUGAGAUUGAUUAAAGCUUGUGCAGGUACAGCUCCCCUGACUGCAGUCACCAUUGUUGUUUGCUGUACAAACACAUCCUUGGAGACAUGUCAGGUAACUUGGCCUCUGAGCCCUUGUGGCUAUAAGGAGAUGUAAAUAGCUUGUCUUUUCUUUCCCUUCC